GCGCUGAUCGUCUGCUCUCAACUUGCGACUCGGAGAGUCCCAGGGAGCCGUGCAGUUGCGGAUCACUCCCUCACGGAUUCGCGACGUAGACUGGCAUUCUCGUUCGCUGCUGCCGGCCGCCUCACACCCACAGUGUGCAAUGGGAGCCUCUCAGUCCGGACCCGAUACGAGGGAGCUGCGGGAGCUGUCCGAGAAGACGGGGUUUUCCAUCGACCAGAUUGAAAAUCUCAACCGGCGAUUUCAACAACUCAGCAAAAACAAAGAGAAUCUGCGAAGAGAAGACUUUGAUAAAGUAACGGACCUGGAUGUCAACCCCAUUAGGGCCCAGAUUAUCGAGGCCUUCUUCGACAAGCGAAACUUUGGUGGGACACAAACUGGUCCAGUGGAGGAGAUCAACUUUGAGCAGUUCCUCACUGUCAUGUCCCACUUUCGACCAGUGAAGACGCGCAUGACUGAGGAGCAGAUAGCCAGCCUGAGGAAGGAGAAACUCCAAUUUCUUUUCAACAUGUAUGAUAUAGACGCCGAUGGCAAGAUAAGCCUGGAGGACUACAGACACCUUGUGGAGGACCUGUUAUCUCGAAACCCGCACUUAGGAAAAGAGUCUGCAUCGGUCACGUCCAUCGCGGAUGCUGCUAUGCUGGAAGCAGUGACCAUCAUUAAGGGCCAAAUGGAGCCUCACCAAGUCUAUGAAGGAAUGACCUUUGAAGAUUUUGUGAAGAUAUGGGAGGGCAUCGACAUAGAGACAAAGAUGCAUGUCCGCUUCCUCAAUGUGGAAACGCCACACUUCUGCAAGUGACUUCCGAGGCCAAAGCGCUGCACCGAUUGGACCCUCACCCCUUUUGUUUUAUUCUCAAGGAUUGAAAAACCAAUGAACAUGGUUACUGACUCAGGACAUACAAACAGAGUUGUUGCGCCUUUGGGCUCUUAAGCUCUUUCAAUGUGUCGGGAAUUAACGUGCAUGUAACAGCUGCUCGCCUAUCCUUGUUUUCUUGUUUAAGGGGAUAACGGAUGAAGAUGACUUCAUUGACAAAUGCUGAGCAGAUUCUCACCUCAGCUUGGUGGCUAUACACCAGUCCAAGCUGGUGAUUAAAUCUUAAAUCUUGCCUUGCACCGUUUCAUCACAAGCAGGUUGGUUUCCGUAAUUGUACAAUGCUAUUAUAAUGUUGAAUAGCCUCUGAACCCUGGGAAAACUACUGCACCAUUUUUAUGUUUAUUCCUUUUAUAGCCAACCUGUGCUGCCACCUAGUGGAGAGAGUGGCACCCAAUCCUACGUCAAUUGCCAACAAUUUAAAAUUUUACUCCAGUUACGGUCUUGUGUGCGACUAGGUGGUCCAGGGUGUACUGAAAUGCCUAUAAGCCCUUCAAAUGCAGUUUUCACACCUGUAACGGUAGUAAUGACUCAAUUUGUAUUCUUCACUUUGAAAUUAUAAAGAAAUGCUAAAACCUUUA